AUGCCGUCUAAUCUUCACGCAGGAGAGGCCGAAGUGACACUUGUGCGAUCACUGAGUGGAUUACUAUUAAAAUGGCGUGAAAUUGUAAAAAUGGCACAACAAGAUCCUCUUCUUGCCGAACAGUUUUUUCUCAUUUCCUCUAAUGAUGAUAUAUUAGACAACAACAAUAACAAUAGCAACCAUCAUCAUCAUCAUCAUCAGAAUAACAAUAAUAAUAAUAAUAAUAAUACGAUGAUUAGUGGUAGUGAUGAUAUUUCAACUGCAAAGCCUUUAAAAAAUACUCUAGAUAAUGAGAAGGACACAUCUUCUUGUAUUCCAUCAGAAUCACCAUGUCUGGCUUCUCAACCGGUAGAAGAAGCGAGAUUACAAAAUUUAGUACCACCGAUUGAAUGGAUACAUAAUAUGCAGGCACAGCAGGCAAUUAUUCCGCAGGAUUCUCUUUCUUCUGUAGCCCAAAUGCCGUCCAAUAUAAAUUCCAAUACACCUUGCAAUGAUGUGGAGAUUUUUGAUGAGACUAUAUUAGGAGAAAUUGUGGAGUCUACACGUGUGGCCUUUGCCGGAAUGAAUGCACUUCAAUCAGCUAUACUAAAAAGACAGCAUGAAAGUACAGUCUCUGUUAAGGAUCCACACAACUCAACAACAACUACUACUACUACUAAUACUACUAUGAAAGAAGGGAUUCAUACACAAACGAAGGUGACGAGUUCAUUCUUGGAGAAUUUUCAAUUAUUCUGUGAACGUGAACAUCGUUAUCUUGGUGAAACCAUGCUAGAAUUGCAUGAAUCCAUCCUUAAACGAAUGGUGCGUAGAAUGAAAGAAGUAUUACAUGAACUGCAUCUUUUGAAACGUGGUUUACGUGAUUCUGUGGAGUUGUGUGCUAUUCAGAAGAAACGUAUUUUUCGUCUUUCCUCUGAAUUACACGGAGAGGAACACCGCCGAACAGCCUCACGUGGACAAAGUUCUCUUAGUACAAAAGCCCUAACUACUACACAUAGUGGUUUACAUACAUCUACUGGAACAGGUGAUGAGGUAAAUGCGGAGUGUAAUAGAAAUAACAAGUUUAAUACUAGUGAUAUGAGUGGUUGUCAUGAUAGGGUUUGGAGUGAUGUGCAUAGUCAUAUGAAUGGAAGUGAAGAUGUUGUGAUGGGAACAGUUUCUGGUAAUUCCUCACCUUCUCAUUUACCACCGGCAUCUAUGCCACUAUUACCAUUAUAUGGAGCCCAUCGAUAUGUGAAGAGUGAUUGUGAGAUGAUGGAGAGAUAUGCCGCUGUUUCUAUGGAGCGGGAAUCACCAGAGUGGCAUUACUUACCACAGCAAUCCUCACCAUCACCAAGUGCCGAACAACAACCACAAUCAGAACCACAACAACAAGAAAAACAACAAGAAAAACAGCAAGAAAAACAAGCAUCAUUACGAGAGGGUCGAAAAGCGGCAGAUAAGUAUGUGUAUACAAUUCCACAAUUUGGAUUCACCGCGGUAGCAUUAGAAGGAACCCUGCGGCCGCAUAUAAAUCUACACGUUACACAUGUGGACUCCAACUCACCAGCCCGAAAGGCUGGACUCGCUGCGGGAGAUGUGUUGGUGGAAGUGGAAGGUGCGGAUACCUUGUUAAGUAUUGCCCACUGGGAGAGGUUUAUCAAGCAAUUAACUCAUCAAACACCAUCUUCACUCUCUGUUAAGGUGGCCAUUGAUGGAAGUACGGGUCCCACCGUUAAUGUUACUAUGCGUGCUAUUACUGUAGAAGAAGAAGAGGGAGAAGGAGAGAAAAAGAGGAUGAGUGAUAGUAAUAAUGACACCAAUAUGCGGCAACAGCUGCUGCGUGCGCCAGUUAACUCUGCACGUGUGAACAAUAGAAGGAGCAUUCAUAAUAGUAAUAGUAAUAAUAAUAAGAGCAGUCAUAUUGAUAGCCAUAAUAAUAAUAAUAAUAAUAAUAAUAAUAAUAAUAAUAAAAGUAAGAGUAAGAGGCGUUCUUCGGGAUCCGCGGCAUCCAGUGCACGUUCAGUGACCCUCCCAUCCACAUCUGCUUGCAAAGCCGCACCCCCAUCACUACCCGGACGAUCGGCAUCUUCUUUAUUGAAAUCAACACCCAGAUCCACAUCCAUAACAGGAACAACACCCGCUCCCACAACAGGGAAAAGAAAAGGAAAGGUUAUACGCGUUACGGGUAAAGUAGUAAGGUGGAAUGCGCAAAAGACACCUCUUAUUUCACAACAUCACACUGCCUCUAUGAGAAGUGCAAAUACAUCAUCGGCAGUUGCCGCUGCGGCGGUUCCCUCUAGAUCUGCACCUUCACCUCCACAUGAUGAUUUCUGA